AUGACGACUCGCGCCUCGAGCUGGGUGCGGCCUGCUCUGCGUGCACACUCGAUGCGCAUGGCGGCACCUGCACCAUCGAGAGGGCUCACCAUGGCAGCAGCAGCGAUUGCGGCUCGCCAAUCCUCAACUGCACCACAGAGACUCGCAGCCGCGAUCGAGCAAAGAACGUUUGUCACCAGCCAACCUAGACGGUCGAGCGCAUCGGCCACAGCAGAGGCUGAGGAGCCAUCCAUACCGCCGCCUCUCAAGGGCAUCCGCAUCGUCGAUCUGACGCGCGUGCUUGCCGGGCCAUACUGCACGAUGCUCCUGGCAGACCUGGGCGCGGAUGUAAUCAAGGUGGAGCAUCCUCGCGGCGGCGAUGACACGCGCGCAUGGCUGCCCCCCUUCGCCAAGCCCCCGACGGGCAAGGAUGCGCUGCAGCCUCCCCCUGGAAAGGAAGACUACUGGGCGUCGUUGCCGCCCGAGUCGGCGUACUUUCUCAGCGUGAACCGCUCCAAGCGCUCGAUCACCGUGGACCUCAAGUCGCCAGCGGGCAAGAAGAUCAUCUACGACCUCGUGGCCAACGCUGACGUGGUGGUGGAGAACUACCUGCCUGGCAAGCUGGCGAGCAUGGGCCUCGGAUACGAGGACCUCAAAAAGAUCAAGCCCGACAUCAUUUAUGCCAGUCUUACGGGAUACGGACAGACGGGCUCGUAUCGAGACAAGGCUGGCUACGACGUGAUCAUCGCUGCGGAUGCCGGCAUGAUGCACAUCACGGGCGAGGCGGACCGGCCGCCCGUCAAAAUCGGCGUGGCGAUGACCGAUCUCACCACGGGCUUGUACGUGCACGGAGCCAUCAUGGCUGCGCUGCUGGGACGCGCGCAGACGGGCAAGGGCGUACACAUCGAUGCCAGCCUGUUCGAAUCGCAGAUUGCGAGCCUGGCCAACAUUGCGUCCAACUACCUCAUCGCCGGGCAGGAGGCUGGGCGUCAUGGCGACAAGCAUCCGUCGAUCGUACCGUACCAGACCUUCCAGGCGAAGGACGGGCGGAUCAUGCUGGGCGCGGGCAACGAUGGCCAGUUCCGGUUCCUGAGCAAGCUGCUCGGACGACCCGAGCUGGCUACGGACGAGCGCUAUGCCACCAAUGCGGCGCGCGUCGAGCACCGCGAUACGCUCAUCCCGCUGCUCGACCAGCUGCUGCAGGCCAAGACGGUGCAGGAGUGGUGCGACCUGAUCAACGGCAAGAUCCCCGCUGCGCCCAUCCGCAACAUCCGCGGCACGUUCGACGAGCAUCCACAGAGCAAAGACAGAAAGGUGGUGGCCGAGGUGGAGCAUCCUAGGGCGGGCAAGAUCAAGAUCGUCGCUCCGGCAGUGCGAUACGGCGGCGGCAAGAUGAAGAUCACACGACCACCACCCGUGCUCGGACAGCACACGGACGAGGUGCUGACGCAAGAGCUGGGCAUGUCCGAAGCCGAGGUCGCCGAGCUGCGCAAUGCUGGAUCCAUUGGGCCAUAG